AUGCGUGCUGGCCGAGAACCAAAGGAAUCGCAGCCCUGGGCUGCACAAAAACGUGGAUCAUCACAAGCUCUGCCUGUGAUUUUGGACGAUGAUGAGGAAACCGGAUCUACUUCUUGCGGCGCACCCGAUUCAUCGGGCCCUGCCAAUGAGCUGCUUACCAGCUCAGGGGACGACGAGCAAUGGAGCAUCGGAAAUGAAAUUGGCGUUGAUUCUGGCUUUCUGGAGAUGAGCUCGGUAUCACCGGUCGGGCUUUACUCGACCAACGGUCUGCGCGGCAGGAUUGCCGCCCUGCCGUUUGCGCAGGGCCAAUCGGAUGCAGCCUCUAUUGCAGGCUACCAUUCCGGGCAACAGCAGGGCGAAGAAGCAGGGGAUGCCACGGUCGGUCCUUCCCGAAUCGAAGCGCAGGCACAGCAGCAGCGGCUGGUUUCAGUGCUUCCUGCUCCCUCCUCUAAUUCCAGCCCCAAUGCUCCUCUGCUAUCCAAGCGCGCAUCUUCCUCUCAGCGUCUGGCCGCGCUGGUGACUGAUGCCGCCAUAGCGGCAUCAUCAGCGGCGACUGCGAUGGGUGGGGCACUGUACGGCAGGGACGAAAUAACCGUACCCCGCCGUACCACCUCCCCAGACGCCUCCCCGGCACCAGCGCCGGGAAGACAGUCCAUUGUCGUGCCUACCCGUAGCAGCAACUUGCCACUGCACGAUCAAACGCCACAGUACGGCCUGCCGCCGCCGCAGCAGCAGCAGCAGCAGCAGCAGCGGCCGCAGCUGGGGCUGCAGCAGCAACGGGACCGACCCAAAUCAUUUGGCCGUAGCAGGAGCGUGAGCUUUGCCGGCGCAUCGUUGCCGGUUCCGACUGGAGCGGCAACCCGCGGAGUGGGGCUGGCGCCGUCGCCGCCGCCGCCGCCGCCGCCGCGGUCGGAGGCCGGGGGUCUUCCCGCCGCCGCCGCCGCAAGCAGCAGCGGCGGCGGCAUGGCCGCCGAGAUCAGCUUCACCAACAACAUCAUUCCCACCACGCGCAACAGCGCUUCGUCUAUUCUGGAGCACCGCGAUGCCGUACAGCAUUCCCCAUCGUACGGUGAACUUCCGAACCUGCAACCGCAACCGUUAGAACCUCAACCGCCGUCACUAACGACGCAACCGCAACCGCCGCCAGCUGCCCGGCUGCCUUUCGCUGCUCUCCGUCUUCAAGCGGGGAGCUCACAAGGGCGACUCCGAAUAAGUCCCCGCGGGACAUCGCCGCCCCCGCCGCCAAUCACCAGCCCAGACGGGACCAAUGUACGACAACAGAACAGCCAGCAGCAGCAACAACAGGCUUGGUGGGGCUUGCCUUCACCCGGUGCCGCCGCCGCCGCCGCUGCCGCGGCGGCGGCGGCAGCCAGCCGUUUGGGUACGACAGCACAGGCUGUGGCGGCCGCCCACACCGCCGCUGUAUCACCCAUUGCGGCUGCCCGUACAAUCUCCCCAACGCCCAUGGCCUUGAGCCGGCAAGUGCAACUGUCCCGUGGUCCAGUGGGCACCGCUGCUACUGCCGACGGGAAUAUGGACAACGAGGGCGUCUGGCUACAGCCUCUUUCCUCGCCAUCGGCUACAUCUACGUCGCUGCUGCCGCUGCCGCCGCCGCAGCAGCAGCUGCAGCUACAGCCAGAGCCUAUUCAACCAAGUUAUAAGGCCCAGCACGACACACAGGAUUCAUCACGCCAACCGCAACAGCUUCUCUUACUGAAUGCAUUCAGCGCGCCUGUUUUGCGGUUGACGGAGGCGACGAUAGGACUAGGCGGCGCCGUCGACAUGGCGGCGGCGGCAGGGGCGCCGUCACGGCCGGGCCCGCCAGGCCGGACGACUCCGCCGUCAAGCCUUGCACCUUUCGUUCAUACAAGAGCCGCACGACAGUCGGCACCGGCGUUAGGAAGGGGCCUGCAGCUGCCAGACCUCCGCACCGCCGGCGGGACUGCCGGCGGCGCCGCCGCCGCUGGUGCCGCUGCCGGGUCGGCGGCGGCGGCGGCGGGCCCGCCUGGUGAGGCUCAUAUCUCCGGCGUGGGUGUUUUGGCUGCUGCGGGGGGUGCCGCGGGGCCAGCGGCGGGGGAGGUGCCGGCGGCGCCGGAGAUUACGUUGCGGCCGCCCAAGUGGCUGAAACCGUCGGCGUUUCAGGUGACAGAGCAUCUUCGGAGCGGCAGACUCCAGGAAUUGUUCGACAAGCUGACUACGGUCAACUGCCCCACGUUUUUUGAUCUGGGUGGGUGUGAGUUCAGCGGGCCUUUCACGCCAGCGGCGGCGGCGGCGGCGGCGGGUGCUGACGGCAGCGUCGGCGGCGGCGCCGCCGCUGCGGCCGAUUUGGGCGCCGCCUUGGCCACCGCUGCCGCUGCAGCGAUGUCCAACACGACGCCCAGGCACCAGACUUUACGAGUUGGUUUCAACCAAACGGUUGCAACCGGCUCUGCAGGGCACUUGAGUGCUCGCAGCAGAUAUCUAAGAAAUCUUCCAGAUACGCGGUUGCAGGUUAUGAGCAUCCCGCCCGGACAGCACAUCACAUUGUACAACGCGACUCUGCUCCUAACUGCCGAUCAGUACAUUCACGUGGGCCCGGGCGCUAGCCUGACGUUGAAGGGUGUCGAGAUACUGGGAUGUUCCCGAGAAGCUGCACGACAGUCAGCUGCCGUACGGCGGCGGGCACUUUCCAUGGCGGCAGCAGCGGCAGCGGCGUCGGCGUCGCCAGGCGCCCAGGCGGCAGCGGCGGCGGCGGUGGCAGCGGUGACAUCAACCGCUGCGACGGGGUACUCAAAACUUGUACGGCGGACGUCGUCGCCCGGUCGUACGACACGGGACGCCGGCGUGUACGGCGUCGGCGGGCCGGGCCGACGUGCUAGCGUUAGCGACGGCACAUCUGAUGGCAAUGGCGGCGGCGGCGGCAGUAACGGCGGGCCGGGCCUGCCGCCUGUACGGCGCCGUGCUGUCAGCACUAUGGGCGCCACGCCGUUCGUACUUUCAAUUCCAGUUCCAGGAUCCGGUGGUGUGGCAGCUGCCACGGCGCAUGAGCUUGUGGAUCCCAACGAAUACGUUGAUAACCACGGAUUAGUUGAGGUGGUUGGUGGUUAUGCCCGCGUCUCCAACUGUCGCAUAUGGCCGGGACGUUGCCAGAUGGCCCUGUGCGUCUCAGAUGGCGGCGGCUGCUCGCUGUUGUACAGUACGGCAGGGGCGUGCUGCGCUGCCGGAUCCAAAAGCUGUUUGGUUUCGGAGCAGACAACAUACGAAGGCGGCGCCGCCGGCUGCGUCAGCGCCCUUCACGGCGCUCGCCUGGGCCUUACGGACUGUGUACUGCGAUACGCUGACAACACAAAACCGGCGGCGGCGGCGGCAGUGGCGGCGGGGGCUGCAGAGCCCGCCGCCGCCGCGACGGCCGCCAACGGCAAUGCUGGCGGAUGCGAUCUCAGUAUUGAGGCGCGCGGAUCCGGCACACUUGCCGUACUCACCAACUGCGAUGUGACGAACGGCGGCGUCGCCGCCGCCCUCGCGGCACGUCUUUACCUGCAAUCGACCCGCGUGGCGGAUGCGCGGGGACAUGGGCUGCUUUCGUGCGAUCCAGGUACGGCACUGUACGUCCGUGACUGCCGUAUCGACGACAGUGGACGCAGCGCCGUUGUGGCUUGCGGCGGUGCCGCCGUACGUGUCGCCGACGCGACGCUGGCGGGCAGCGCGGGCAGCGGCGUGCUCGUCGUGCCAACGUGUGAGUGUCGGGAAAACCGCGAGAGCGGAUUGUGCGUCACUGGCGCCGCCGCUGUCGAGCUGUCGUACAGUCGCUUCGCCGCCAACCAACAUGAUGGUCUCUCCGUCGGCGGCACCGGCAGUACGGCAACGGCGCAUGGUUGUAUACUGAACGGCAACGUGGCCAAGGGCGCUGUGGUGUGCAUGGGCGGCGCGGCGGAGAUGUCAGAGUGUGCCGUACACUGUAACGGCAGCAAGAGCGUUCAGGUUUCGGACGAGGACAGUCGGCUCGUACUGGGUCGUACAUGCGCUCUGGACCGCCAGGCGGUGGCAAUCGGCGGCGGAUCGUUGGUCUACGUUGAUGCUUUCCCAGUUCGGUAA